AGGACGGAGAGGAGAACUCUGUCAUUCACUCUCAGUACAGCCAACCACACAGAGCGAUACCUGGAGUUCAACUGAUGCGCCUGUAGACUUGACUGAGGUGUACAGCAACUGGAAUCUACUCAGGCUGUGAUGACAGAAACUCACAACUCGUACAUAUAGCCUACACUCAUUCUUGAGCUGCUCACCUCUGUUAGGCAUUUUUUACGAGUUGUGUAAGCCCAUGUUCAGGACUUCUGCUGUUGUUCCUGGUGGAAAGCCAGCAGCCAGUAAUCAGUCGGCAAUGUCGUGGGACUGUGGCCUCAGAUACAUGUUCUCUGUGUCCCCUGGGCUGCAGCACAGGAACAAGAGCAUCCUGCAUGACAAGGAGGACCUGUCCAGACUGGAGAUGGUCCAGAGACUGGCCAAGGAUGGCUGUCGCUUUCUGCAAAACCACAGCAAGAGCCCAGAAAGGACAAGUGAGCCCCAGAGUGACGAGGCAGUCCGCUUGUGUCUGAGAGAGAGGGGCCACGAUGUGCUCGUUCUCCAAAGAUUGUCGUCAGAGCAGCUCUCUGCAUCAGCGAGGGGAGGAGGGAGAGAGGAGGCGAGAAACAGGAGGUACAUGGUAGUGUCAGGGACUCCCGAGAAGAUCCUGGAGCACUUGCUGAAUGACCUAACGCUGGACGAGGACCGAGGGAUAACACAGGGCAAAGAGUCAGACACACUUCUAGAUGACUUCCUGCUAACCUACCCAGUAUUCAUGUCUACAAGUGAUUUAUGCCAAGCUCUACUGGGACACUAUUGCACCAAGCGACACAGAGGGAAAGAGGAUCGGAAGGAGGCUCUGGAGAGGAAGCAGAAACUCCUGCACCUGGUGUCGCAGUGGAUGUUGCUCUGCAAAGACUUCCUGAGAGAAGACGAGCAUGUCAAGCUCUUCAUGAAGACUCUUUAUCGUUGUGUGCUGGAUGAUCUUUAUGAGCACCCGGCCCUGGAGAGGGAUGUGGGGGAGCUGCAGAAACUCUACCACCUGCAUCGCAGACAUACUGUGGAAUAUUCCCCUCAAAGAAAGAGCAAAGCACUUUUCCACCAAUUGAGUCUGAAAGAGAACGGGCUCCAGUCCAGGGCAACACAGAGGGAGACCAAGGAUGUGCUGUGUCAUGUGUAUAUAACCAUGGACUCAUACCUAAGUAUGAGGGUCCAGUCCGGGGUGGUGGCACAGGAGCUGGUGCAGGCAGUGGCAGAAAGGAUGGAUGUCUCCCAGGAGGAGCUGGUACUUGUGGGUGUCACUUAUCCUGGAGGCAGACUCCUCCUGCAGCCUCAGGACCGAGUUUUCUCCAGUUCUUUACGGUCAGUGGGGAGGCUGCAUGCGUGCAGGAAGGACCUUGGUGAAGUCCUGAACCCUUUAACAGAUAACUCAGAGCUGCAGCAGAGGACAGCUCACAUGCUGAGUUUGAACACCUGGGAUGUCGCUGUUGCACUCACUGAUUUUGACUGGGCAAUUUUUGAUGCAGUGCACGAGCAAGAGCUGGUCUAUUUCACCUUCAACCGCCACACCGGCAGCAACCACACGACAGCUUUAGAAUUCCUGCUGCAGCGAUGCAAUGACAUCCAGCUGUGGGUGAUGACCGAGGUGCUGCUGUGCCCAACGCUCUGCAAACGGGUUCAGCUCAUCAAGAAAUUCAUAAAGAUUGCUGCCCACUGUAAAGCACAGAGGAACCUCAACUGUUUCUUUGCGAUCAUAAUGGGCCUCAACACAGCAGCCGUGAGCCGCCUCAGUCAGACAUGGGAGAAAGUUCCUGGCAAAUUCAAACGGCUAUUUUCAGAGCUGGAAACAGUUACAGAUCCCUCGCUGAAUCACAAGGCCUACAGGGACUCCUUCAAGAAGAUGAAGGCUCCAAAGAUUCCUUUUCUUCCUCUGCUGCUGAAAGAUAUCACAUUCAUUCAUGAAGGCAACAAGACGUUUCAUGAUAACCUGGUCAAUUUUGAAAAGCUGCACAUGAUAGCAGACAUGGUGCGUCUCAUUCGACAGUGCCAGAAAGAUCACAUGGGAAAUGGAAUAACACAGAAGAGCAGCUCAGAGGUGCGAGCCUACAUUGACUAUCUUCACAUCAUCGACAAUCAGCAGACUCUGUUUGAACUGUCACAAAGGCUGGAGCCUCGAUCUUAGAAAACAACUCUAACCCUCCUUCAUACUGUGCCAAGGGACAACCUUACUGCUGUCUCAUCUAACUCUCAGGACAAAGGCUACAAGACCCUAACCAACCACAGGAGGGCGCUAUUUGAUCAGGAGAUUAUUUACCAGAGACAGGAGCAGGCGGCUAAAACAGAUUAAUAAAAACAUGACAUUUUAAGCACUUAAAGCAAAAUCACACAGUUUAAGGCAAGUCUAGACAUCAUUUAACAAUGAAAAUUUACAAAAAGAAACGGUUGCUUUGCAGGAAAAAUGCUUCCUUCUAAUACAAACUUACAACAAAUGCAACAAAUGUGUGAGUCCUGACUCAUAGAUUCACUGUCCUGGUCUUUUCUCUGAGCUGUUAGCACACCACAAAGCAACAGUGAGCACAGAAGGAAGACUAGUUGAUAACUGUUUCUGACUUUCUUCAGAGAGCUACUGUUUUUUGUUUUGUUUUUUGUUUUUUUACAUCAACUAAAAACAGUGGUGGUCAGCUCGUUAGAUUUAACCAAAGAUUCUUUCAGCUAAUAAAAGUCUGCACUGUUACACACACUUCUGUGCUCUCAGAGUUCGCCACAAUCCAGAUUUUCUUGUUGCCAGGUCAGAUGUAAGACAUGCUUUUCCCAAAGCAAAUCAGCACAGUGUUAUGCACAACAAGAUUGAAACUGUUGCUACAUGUUUAACAGUUUUUUAUAUCAUUUUUAUUUUUUAUUUUUUGUAUUUGUUUUAUUUGACCACAAAGUGACGCAUAUAUGAUGAGUCUUUGCACAGUACAGAUUGUAUUAAGGCAGGGAACUACAGAGUAGUACAGUAUACUGUAUUCUGUUGGCAUGUGUAAUAAUUGUCUAUCUUUGUGCCAAAUCCCAUGAAAAAUAGGUGUUUAAAAUAACGAUCAUUUUCUAAUCAUUUUUAAAUCACUAGCACAGGGAACUUUAAGUGGUUUAGCUGUGGACAAUCAGUUAAAUGAAGCCACAGACUCAUACUGGUACUUCUCUGUACUGGGCUUUAAAGUUCAUCAAUAUUGGUGCAUUUCGCAGACAUCCAUACAUCCGUCUGUUGAGAUUUGAAGACUGACAGCAGUUGUUCACUUCUGAUACACAGAGUUCAAGAAUUUAGCACCAGAAAAGAAUCUGAUUUCUUUGAAGCCUGAUUCAUUUGUGGUUAGAUUUAGCGAUAGCAAAAAUCAAAUAUUAAAAUAGCACCUUCUGGGCAAGAAUAAGAAGAGAGAAGAAGAAGACAAACUGGAAGCCAUUUGCUUGUUUGCAUUGUGUCGUAGCACUACUGUAUGAUCUUAAACAUACAGUAUUUGUUCUGUUUUGCUAGGUUGGGUCAGGCAAACUGAGGUAGUUAUUGUGAAGUGUGUACAUACAAUUAUGCUUUAUAUUCUUCACAUUUUGUAUAUUUGGAUUUUAAAACAUGCUUUAGCAGUAUUUUAUUUUGAGUAUCAUUUUUUGUCAUCAAUAGUGUACAGCUGAUUCAAUUUAUACAGUGUAUAUAUGUUGAAAUUCUGGAUAUGGAUAUUUAUCUCAUAAUUAUUUAUUUGCUUUCAAGAUACUAUUUAGGAUGCUUGUGUUAAUUGUUUUGGUUUGUUUGUUAGAUUUUUUAUUGUACGCACUGUUUUUGGCGGGUCUGCAUGAUAUGUCAAACCAUGGACUGACCAUUAGUGCCAACUGUGCAUGUAAUAAAAUACGUUUCAUCAUCGUGAGCUCAUUAUUUUUAGACUAACAUUUGGUGAUAAUUCAUAACAGGUAAAGUCUGUUUCCUAACACCAGCAUGCAAACAUUACUCCACUUAGAACUACAGUGUUAACAAAGACCCUGGAAGUUAAAGUACUGAUUACAAAAGUGAAUAUGUACGUGCUCUGAAAUGUACAUGAAACAUGAAAGUGAAAAGUAGCACUCUGAAGGAAAUUUUUGCGCUAAGCUACAGUAACUGAUCAGUGUCUUUGUUUUCUCUCAUAGGGUCACUGACUCCAUUUCCCUCUGACACAAAUGUUUGCUUUGCACUUGGAUUUCCUGCUUAUGUUUUUUGCCUCUUUCUGCAGUAAGUGCAGAUCAAGAUCAAGGGUCUGCUGGGGCAAAACUGGGUCUCUCCAACAAGUGUUCAUCACCCUUAUUAAUAAUCGGACACCAGCAAAUUAAAAACCUGGAACUUCAACUCAGUCAUGUCACAGCUGACACUAGUUCUGCUAGCCAAGUUAAUUAAUAACUUUAUAUAAUACAGUCUUCGACAAAAAGGUGUAAUUACCCUGUAAUUAAAUGUAUUUUAUUUGAAA